UUCGCGCGCGCACGCUUUCGCGAGCCCCGGCUUCCCCGCCUGCGCUUGUUGUCAGAGCCGCUCCGGCGCGUGCGCGCGUUAUCUCCGGCGGACCCGAGUAGCCGGGUUCCCCCAGCUCCAGGCCCCCGCCCCUGCCGCCCUCUCCCACCCCCCAGGCUCCCACCCCCUUCCUCUCCUCGCGGUAUGGGGCUGGCGCUGUUCGGGGUCGCGCGCCCUGGCCCCGGCUCGCGCUCGGUCUCGCGCUGUCAGCUACUGCCCGGCUCGCGCCGCCUCGCGCUCUCCCUCAGUCAGUGGCGCCGAAGGCUCCGUUAAGCGGCGGCGGUGGUUCCUGUUUCCGUUUCUUCCUCUCCCUUCACUCGGGAGUAGCAUCCUCCACUCAGUCACCCCUCCCACUCCCCCAACGCGGGGCAGCUGCGGCUGAGGGCUGUGGCGGCGGCGACGGAGGCGGCUCCGGGAACCGGGGAUAGCGGAGAUCGCCUCUGCUCGCGCCUCGGGCUACUGCUUUUGCUAAGAGGACACACAUGACUUUGAUAUUGUCUUCAUUCAAGAUAAAGUGCUGUGUUAUCUUUAUUGAUUAACUGAAGAAAUUCAGCAUGUAGCGUCCAUGCAGCACAGGACUAUAAAGCUUCCUAUACAAACCACCAGGAGGAGCUCUUUGAAAGAUUCACCAACGGACCACCACAGAGACUAAUUUGUCUGAAGAAUCAUGUGCUGAAGCAACAGAAAGCUACUAUACGAUCUUUGCACUACCUAGAAACAAAUUACCAUGUUUUCAAUUCUUUGAGCUCCAGGAAAUCAGGAGAGUGAAUUGAAAAUUUGAAAAUGCGGCCAUGGACUGGCUCCUGGCGUUGGAUUAUGCUCAUUCUUUUUGCCUGGGGGACCUUGCUGUUUUAUAUAGGUGGUCACUUAGUACGAGAUAAUGACCACCCUGAUCACUCUAGCAGAGAACUGUCCAAGAUUCUGGCAAAGCUUGAACGUUUAAAACAGCAAAAUGAAGACUUGAGGCGAAUGGCCGAAUCUCUCCGGAUACCAGAAGGCCCCAUUGAUCAGGGGCCAGCUUCAGGAAGGGUUCGUGCUUUAGAAGAGCAGCUUGUGAAGGCCAAAGAACAGAUUGAAAAUUAUAAGAAACAAACUAAAAAUGGUCUAGGAAAGGAUCAUGAAAUCCUAAGGAGAAGGAUUGAAAAUGGAGCUAAAGAGCUUUGGUUUUUUCUACAAAGUGAAUUGAAGAAAUUAAAGAAUUUAGAAGGAAAUGAACUCCAAAGACAUGCAGAUGAAUUUCUGUCAGAUUUGGGACAUCAUGAAAGGUCUAUAAUGACGGAUCUAUACUACCUCAGUCAAACAGAUGGAGCUGGUGAUUGGCGAGAAAAAGAAGCCAAAGAUCUGACAGAGUUGGUCCAACGAAGAAUAACUUAUCUUCAGAAUCCCAAGGACUGCAGCAAAGCCAAGAAGUUAGUGUGUAAUAUAAACAAAGGCUGUGGCUAUGGUUGUCAGCUCCAUCAUGUAGUCUACUGCUUCAUGAUUGCAUAUGGCACCCAACGAACACUCAUCUUGGAAUCUCAGAAUUGGCGCUAUGCUACUGGUGGAUGGGAAACUGUUUUUAGACCUGUAAGUGAGACCUGCACAGACAGAUCUGGCAUCUCCACUGGACACUGGUCAGGUGAAGUUAAGGACAAAAAUGUUCAGGUGGUCGAGCUCCCCAUUGUAGACAGCCUUCAUCCUCGUCCUCCAUAUUUACCCCUGGCUGUACCAGAAGACCUUGCAGAUCGACUUGUACGAGUCCAUGGCGAUCCUGCAGUGUGGUGGGUGUCCCAGUUUGUCAAAUACUUGAUCCGCCCACAACCAUGGCUGGAAAAAGAAAUAGAGGAGGCCACCAAGAAACUUGGCUUCAAACAUCCAGUUAUUGGAGUCCAUGUCAGACGUACAGACAAAGUGGGAACAGAAGCCGCCUUCCAUCCCAUUGAGGAAUAUAUGGUACACGUUGAAGAACAUUUUCAGCUUCUCGCUCGGAGAAUGCAAGUGGACAAAAAAAGAGUAUAUUUGGCUACAGAUGACCCUUCUUUAUUAAAGGAGGCAAAAACAAAGUACCCCAAUUACGAAUUUAUUAGUGAUAACUCAAUCUCUUGGUCAGCUGGACUACACAAUCGAUACACAGAAAAUUCACUUCGGGGUGUGAUCUUGGAUAUACACUUUCUCUCACAGGCAGACUUCCUAGUGUGUACUUUUUCAUCCCAGGUCUGUCGAGUAGCUUAUGAAAUCAUGCAAACACUGCAUCCUGAUGCCUCUGCAAACUUCCAUUCUUUGGAUGACAUCUACUAUUUUGGGGGACAAAAUGCCCACAACCAAAUUGCCAUUUAUCCUCACCAACCUCGAACUGCAGAUGAAAUCCCCAUGGAACCUGGAGAUAUCAUUGGUGUGGCUGGAAAUCAUUGGGAUGGCUAUUCUAAAGGUGUCAACAGAAAACUGGGACGGACUGGCCUAUACCCUUCUUACAAAGUACGAGAGAAGAUAGAAACAGUCAAGUACCCCACAUAUCCGGAGGCUGAGAAAUAAAACUGAGAUGGAUGAAAUGGACAACCAAACUCAUUUUAAACCACUUGAGCCAAACAGUAGAUGAAGUAGGACAUGGUUAAAUGAGUAGACACCCUUAGCACAAGGACAGCUGGGAACUGAUGGAUGCUUUGUCGGUGGAAUUCCUCUUUAACAAGGGCUACAGUGCCCACAAACCCAUGCACAGUUUAAUAAUGUACUCACAUACAACAUGCAAACAGGUUGUUUUCUGUUUGUCCCUUCUUUCAAGAUUAUCCCCAUGAAACAAACACUGCCACAUUAUGGAAUUUAAGUGACACGGACAUUUUGUGUGAGACUUAAAACAUGGUGCCUAUACCCGAAAGACCUAUGUGACCUAAUGAGGAGACCCGACCUCCCGACUAUAGGGAGGUAGAUUCUUAGCCGGUGGUGGUAUUGUAACCACUGAAUUUACUCCAAUCAACAGAUUCAGAAUGAGAAUGGAUGUUUUUGUCUGGAUUUUUUUUUUAAGUAAUUGCAUCAGUUCAUCCACUUCAUCAUUAAUAAGUGAAGGAUACAUCCAAAAUAAAAUAUUCACACUCCAUUAGGAACUUUUGUAAAACAAUGCCAUGAAAAAAAAUUCUUUAGUACUCAAUGUUUCUGGACAUUCUCUUUGAUAACAAAAAAUAAAUUUUAAAAAGAGGAAUUUUGUAAAGUUUCUAGAAUUUGACAUCAUUGGAUGAUGUAGUAGUCAGGUUUAUUGUGGAAAAAGCUAUGAUAAAAAAGGAGUUUUAAUGCUUUACUUUUUUUCUUUGUUUCUGAGUGACUAAUAGGUCAUAUCUCAGUCAUUGGUUCAUUUUAAUAUUGAUAGCUUAAUGUAGUUGGUGCACUUUACAAAGUUGCAAAGAACAUCCUGGGAGCUUUUCUUCUCUUAUUUUGGAUUCAGUUUAUUUGUUACAAUUGAAUUAAAAUAUACUCCUUUCCCCCAAAGAAACUAUCAUCUCCAUUUUAAAACUAACAAUUUAAAGCUUAUUGGCAACCUUAUAUGUUGUGACUGUUUUCACUUCUGGUGAUUUGGAUCCUGAUACCCAGGAACCAAUUUGUGUCCUUUGCAGUCAUCAUCUGCUUUUGAGAGUGCCCGUAACUUUUAUGGUUAAAUUUGUCUCUGUUUCUGAAGUACAUGUCUCACAUAGAAUUGGGGAACAACAUAGACAAAUCAGUGUGUGAAUGGACUUGGGAUUAUAGCUUCCAAAUACUCUUAGUAAUUCUAUUGUUAGAACCACUUCAAACAUUGAUGCUCUUUCUCUGAACAUCACUUCUCCUUAUAAAAACACUUCAUAUUAUCUGUAGCUUGCUUCCUCUAGAUGCCUGGCAAGAGUAUUUCAAAGCAUGUAUUCUGCCUUCUAAAAGAAAAGUUUGAUCCAUGUAGGAAUCAGUAGCAGUCCUGGUGUUGCAUAUCAGGAACCCAGACAGAAAAGCUGUCCUUCCUGUUCUCACUAAAUGCAAAUACCUGUAUGCAAAAGCUCCCCAGCAAACUUAUUUUUGUCUGCUAGUCCAGUCUCCAAAAGAGCAAAACUUAAUUACCUAUAGUGUGGAUAAGCAAUUUACAAUUUAGUUUUGGCACACAAAUAAAAGUAAUUUAAACAAAUCUCCAACUGAACAGACGUACUUUUGAAUGAGUAUUUUCCAACUCCUAUCUCAUU